AGUAGGCGCCCGCGAGCACGAAGAUGUGAGAAAAAGACCCUCAGGGUCUUUCAAGCCAACGUCGGCAAGGUUCCCCCGGUCCACGACUGUGCCCUUGCAUUGGCAGACUCUGAACGAUACGACAUCGUGCUCCUCCAAGAACCAUGGACGACAACGGCAAACUCCCGCUGCCUCACGAAGACCUAUCCUGCAUACGACACCUACUCUCCA